AUGGCUGUCGGCAAUAUUGAACGUGUGUUAAUAGAGUUGCGUCCGCGGCUUCAAAGUGCCAAUUUCUUUAUCUGCUUCAGUCGUCGUUUUGCCGAAAUCAAAUCAACAAAAAUAGAUCUAAGUUCCGAUCGUAUCAUUAUCAUAACCGAAAACAAUGCGGAACGUUACGAGAUCCGGCUAGAUGAUUAUUUCAAACUUCAUAUACAAACGCUAAGUUCGUUAUUGAUUAAAAAUAGCUACAUCUGUUUUCGUUUAAAUACCAAUGAGAACAAGUUCCACUCGGAAGUACUUGAGAUUAACGAAUACAAUGGGUGCACUGAUCUAAAGAAGCUAGAAUGCAAUUUGGAAGCAGAUUGCAGUUACUUUAUCAUCUGCAGUAACUGCGGAAGUUAUCUGCGUGAUGAAGCUGUUAAUUUUAAAAGAAUUCUUGAGCUCCCAUCGGAUCACAUGGACAGCAACGAUUGGUAUUGCCACCAGCAUCCGUAUACUACAGUAGACGAUUUUGUUCAUACGAAUGGUGAAUGUUCUUCGACAAAGUUGCCUCAAGCAAACAGCUUUAAUCCUACUGAAUCGGACGUAUUCUUUGGGCCAUUUUACGUUCUUCUCGACAAAAAACAUCUUCAGCGAGUUCAUCUCAAAGCGGAACGGUUUCUGUAUUGUAGACGCUGUUUGCAAUAUCUAGGCAUCAUGAAACGCACUGGCUGUGUUAAGCUAUGGUACGAAAAUCUUCAGUUUCAAAAGCAAGCGGAUGUUUCAGACGAAACACAACCAACGAGACUAUGCUUCUUCCGCAAUGAUAAUCCACUCGAAAACUUCCAGUAUCUAGUUCGCAAAACUGUCAAUGAUUAUAAUUUUAUCUCCCACCUUGGACUGCCUCCUAUUUUUAAGCUAUUGUUCGAAAUGCGCCAACCGGGUUUGAAUGGAGAGGUGUUCUAUCUGCUGAUACAGAUAAUGGAUGCCAAUUUGAAUGUUUUUAAAAUUCGUAAAUGCGUGGAUCAGGAUUCGGGUAAACAAUAUGUCGAUAAUGACGAUGAAGCUCGAGAUAAAGAUAGUGAUGACGAAGAUAACGGUUUAACGGUUACGAAAAGGAUUCAUCGCGAUAUCAAUCUAGAAAGACAUAGGACUAUGAAGCUGAUGUACAGGUAUGAAAAAUAUGAUCAACAGCCUAUAGUUAAUUUUUGGCAGCAGGAUAGUAACGUUGUGUGUGUCGAGAUUUCGGAACAAAUGUUUCGAUUGGCCGUUCGGUAUUUGGAUAAUAAUUCAAACUAUGUACCGGAAUGCUACCGACAUAAUCUGGGAUUCAUUUUGAGCUAUUUAGAUAUUACAUAACUAUUUUAUUACACUGUAAUUUAUGUAUUUUCAUAGCAAA